AUGGGAGACGACAGGCCGUUUGUGUGCAAUGCCCCCGGCUGUGGACAGAGGUUUACAAACGAGGACCACCUGGCGGUUCAUAAACACAAGCAUGAGAUGACAUUGAAAUUCGGCCCUGCUCGAACCGACUCAGUCAUCAUAGCAGAUCAGACUCCGACCCCAACUAGGUUCUUGAAGAACUGCGAAGAAGUGGGACUCUUCAAUGAACUGGCCAGCUCCUUUGAGCACGAGUUCAAGAAAGCUGCGGAGGAUGACGAGAAAAAGGCAAGAGGCAAAGGCCACCCCCUGGACAUGUCUCUGCCAUCCACCCCGGACAUCAAGAUAAAGGAGGAAGAGCCGGUGGAGGUGGACUCUUCUCCGCCAGACAGCCCUGCAUCUAACCCGCAGUCGCCACAGAACAAGGAGAAGGAGAUCACCUCCAAGCCUGUAAUCAUUUCUACGCCUACUCCAACCAUCGUGCGGCCAGGCUCGCUGCCACUACACUUGGGUUAUGACCCGCUCCACCCUACGCUGCCUUCCCCAACCUCUGUCAUUACCCAGGCUCCCCCUUCCAACAGACAGCUUGGGUCUCCCACAGGUUCCCUUCCUCUUGUCGUGCAGCUUGCAAACGGACAGACCAUGCCCGUCCUCCCAGGCCCUCCCGUACAGAUGCCUUCUGUUAUAUCGCUGGCUCGGCCGAUGUCCAUGGUCCCGAACAUUCCCGGUAUUCCCGGGCCGCCCAUCAACAGCAGCGGGUCCAUUUCACCAUCAGGACUUCCAGUGCACUCCGAAGCCAAAAUGAGGCUGAAGGCCAGCUUGACGGCAUCUUCCUCACUGAAUGGCAGCAACUUGGUGGUGGGCUCAGCCAGCACGAUGGUGACCGCACGUCCAGAGCAGAGUCAGAUCCUUGUCCAGCACCCUGACGCCCCUUCCCCAGCUCAACCACAGGUUUCCCCUGCCCAGCCCACCCCCAGCACCGGCGGGCGACGGAGACGCACGGUUGACGAAGACCCGGAUGAGCGCCGGCAGCGGUUUCUGGAGCGGAACCGGGCUGCCGCGUCCCGGUGCCGUCAGAAACGCAAGCUCUGGGUGUCUUCCUUGGAAAAGAAAGCCGAGGAGCUCACGACCCAGAACAUCCAGCUGAGCAAUGAAGUUACGCUACUGAGGAACGAAGUUGCUCAACUUAAACAGCUCCUGCUGGCUCACAAGGACUGCCCCGUCACUGCACUACAGAAGAAAACACAGGGCUAUCUGGAAAGCCCAAAGGAGAGCUCUGAGCCCACCGGCUCCCCUGCUCCCGUCAUCCAGCACAGCUCCGUGACGGCCUCCCCCAACGGGCUCAGCGUCCGCUCGGCGGCAGAAGCGGUUGCCACUUCGGUGCUCACUCAGAUGGCGAGCCAAAGGACAGAACUGAGCAUGCCGAUACCGUCACACGUCAUCAUGGCUCCACAGUCGCAGUCUGCUGGCAGAUGA